CACCUUUCUCCCGAAUCCCGCCGUCGUGCCGCCCCUACAAAAACUUUUGAUCCAAUUUCAAAUAUUCCAAUCAGCAAUACGGAUGUCUCAGCCACGAUCGGUGUGGUCAUCCGUUCCGGGGCCCCGUCUGGGGUAUAUAAACUUCCGAAAACCGCCACUGUCUCUUAUCCCCCUCCCACCUUUCAUCCACUACCAUGACUUCUUUCUCCUACGAGUUCAACACCCCCGUCUACAAGGGCAAAUCCUCCUUCCCCACUGGCCUCUUUAUCGGCGGCAAGUUCGUCCCUGGUUCAUCUGGCAAGACCAUCGAUGUUAUUAACCCUACCAACGGAAAGCUCAUCACCUCUGUAUCUGAGGGAACCGAGAAGGAUGUCGAUCUCGCCGUCGAGGCGGCCCAGAAGGCCUUUGAGACCACCUGGGGUCUCAAGUCCUCUGGCUCACAGCGCUCUGAGCUUCUCUACAAGCUUGCUUCCCUAAUGGAGCAGCACCACGACGAGCUCGCGGCUUUGGAGGCUCUUGACAACGGAAAAACUUUCGGAUGGGCCAAGGGAACCGAUACCGCUGCUUCCAUCGGAACUAUCAAGUACUAUGCCGGCUGGGCUGACAAGCUCUCCGGUCAAGUCAUCGAAACCGACGAGAACAAGCUCGCAUAUACUCGCCAUGAGCCUAUUGGUGUCGUUGGCCAAAUCAUUCCAUGGAACUUCCCUCUCCUCAUGUUUGCAUGGAAAAUCGGCCCUGCCCUCGCUACUGGCAACACCAUCGUCAUCAAGCCCUCCGAGUUCACUCCUCUGACCGCUAUCCGUAUGGGCUCUAUCAUCAACGAGGCUGGCUUCCCUCCUGGUGUCGUCAACAUCGUCACCGGUUACGGCCAGACCGUCGGUAACGCCAUCAGCUCCCACAUGCACAUUGAAAAGGUUGCCUUCACCGGUUCCACCCUUGUCGGUCGCAAAGUCAUGGAGGCCGCUGCCAAGACCAACUUGAAGAACGUCACUCUCGAACUCGGUGGAAAGAGCCCCAACAUCAUCUUCAACGAUGCUAACAUCGACCAGGCCGUCAACUGGGCCGCCCAUGGUAUCUUCUGGAACCACGGCCAAGCGUGCUGCGCUGGCUCCCGUAUCUUCGUCCAGUCCGGCAUCUACGACGAAUUCUUGAAAAAGUUCACUGCCAAGACCCAGAGCAUCAAGGUUGGCGACCCCUUCGAGAUCGGCAUGGACCAGGGUCCUCAGGUUUCCCAAAUCCAAUAUGACCGUAUCAUGGGCUAUAUCGAGUCCGGCAAGUCGGAGGGUGCGACCGUCCACAGUGGUGGAGCCCGCCACGGCAAUGAAGGCUACUUUAUCCAACCCACCAUCUUCACCAACACCACCCCGGACAUGAGGAUCGUCCGGGAAGAGAUCUUUGGUCCCGUCGGUGUCGUGAUCAAGUUUGAGGACGAGGAGGACGUCAUCCGGCAAGCCAACGACACGAUGUACGGUCUCGCCGCUGCCGUCUUCUCGCAAGAUAUCAACCGCGCCCUGGAAACCGCCCACAAGCUCAAAGCCGGCACCGCAUGGGUCAACUGCGCGAAUCAGAUACACUUUAACGUUCCUUUUGGUGGUUUCAAGCAGAGUGGUAUCGGACGGGAGUUGGGCGAGUAUGCGCUCCACAACUACACAAACGUCAAGGCCGUGCACGUCAACUUGGGACACCGGAUGUGAAAAGCUUUCCCCCUCUGGAUGAGAAGUUAAACUAUAUUGUAACAUGCACAUUGUAUUAUGAUUUUUUAUAACAUUAACGUCAAUGGGAUUUCUUUUUUCUUCAUUUA